CAAGCACUUCGCUGCGAAGAGUCAAUGGAGGUUGCGCUGCCUGGGUAACCAGCAUCUCCCCGUUGACAAAACGUACACUCCAAGCAGUACUGUGACCAUGAACCACAACCACGCGAAUUAUCAAGCUCGGCUUGAUUUCGUGCAGGGGCUUCUGCGCAACCGCUUGAAGCUGGGAGCAAGUGAAAUCACGAACAUUGUUCCCGUUCAGUAUGACCCCGAAAGUCCUUUUAAAUACAACAACUUCGUCUACCUGGUCACGCUGGGCGCGCCAAUCCCCCCGGGCCGUUCCACAAGUGACAAUGCUCUUCAAUUUGGCUGCGUUGCCAUCCCCGAGGGCACUCAGGAACUCAUUGUGCGCCUCACCAACCCAGCGACCGAGGGCAUGAACAUGGCCAACCGGGUCGAGAACGAGGUGGCCAUUAUCUCACUAGCUUCGGCUGCCCUCAGCGGCUUUCAGCCCCAUGUAGUGCCCCGCGUGUAUGGCUGGGGCAGUGCUGCUGGAGUAUCUGCCGACGCACCUGCCCAGGGCUGGAUCGUCCAGGAACUGAUGCCAGGCCAACCACUGGUGGACUCCUUUGAGAAGCUGGCCCUCGACACAAAGAAGAAGGUUUUUGCGCAGAUGGCUGCGCUGCUCAAGGGUCUCCAGAAAGGCUUGCGACAGCGCCUAGACAAGUUUGUUGCUGAGGGUGUCCCCGCGCAGUUCCAGGAUCUGCAGUUCAAAGAUGAAAAAGUGUUGACACACGCCGAUUUCAACUCAAGUAACCUCCUCUGGGAUCCUGACACCGGCCGCAUCACAGCCCUGAUCGACUUCGACUUCGCCACCAUCCUCCACCCCUCAUACGAAUUCCUCCGCUCUUUCUCGGGCACAGGAGGCCAGUUCCGAGGCUGGUACGUCGACGAAGAAUCCGAAGAAGCAGCGCUCCGAGACGCUAAACUCCACUGCUUCCCCUCGCCUCUGCCAACCACCCCCGGAGGAGCCGACGGUGGCGGAGUCAACUGGGAAGAUGCUAAAGCCUGGGAGGACGCGCUGCGGGAGGCUGGGGUCAAGCGGCCCCAGACCAUCCGGGGGAUCGAUAAAGUCGCCGAUGUGGACACGGUGCUGCAGGCCAUUCUCCCGUGGCGCGUCACCAACUCGGACGUGUUGAAGCUGCAGACCCGCGAAACCAUCCUCAAGUGCAGGGAUGAGAACGAGGAACACCUGGAUAAGUUGCUUCGCUGGCUGGGCUUCUAGGAUCCGAACGGUUGCAAGGCUCUUGCAGCUGACGAGACAUGGGUAGAAAAUGUGAUGAGUUUCACGGUGACUAGACCGAGAGACUGUCGUUCUCCGCGAGAGACCAUCGGCUCCAU